GGAGCCAGGGGGAACAUCUAACGGUAACACCUGGCACUGGUCCAGCUUCGGUUGCGCUGGUCCAGCAUGGCGACUCCAAAGGAGGAACUGGACCUCGGCAAACUGAAGCAGGAACUGAAGUCGAAGAAGUCCUUCGUCAAUGCGUGUCAACAACUUGCUAGCCUAUGUGACAAUGAGGAGACCGCAAAGCAACUUGAGGAGGCCGGCAAGACGGCCUUCACCGUGCUUCAGACUCGUUUUUCCAACCCCAAGUUCUGGCAGGCGGGCUUGGAGUUGUUUCUGGCGCUGGAGUUUUACAACAGCUCGCCGGAGGAAAUCCCCGUGCGAGUUCCACAUGAUUGAGGUGAGCCGCUGGCGCGACACCGCACUGGAGGAAGUGGAUGACGAUGCCCGAGAGCGAGCCAAAGAACAGGCGCAACGGCGACGGCUCGAGGAGGACAAAAAGCACAACAAAGGGCGCUUUGGAGAUGCCAUGAUGCCACUGAGCCUCGGAGAGCUGUUGGCAUCUCAAGGUAUGGUGCUGGUGCCCGAGGAUGACUCACGCCCUGGCAUGUCGCGUGAUGCGCGUGCUGAGUUGCGGGUGAAGACGGUGUUGGAAGAGGACAUUUGCGUGGUUUGCCAAGAGACUAUGCCUGCAGGAUCCAAGGCGAAAGCCAUGCCUUGCGGACAUUUGUUCCACGACGACUGCCUCAUCUCUUGGGUGAAGAAGAGCAACUCCUGUCCCACCUGCCGCUUCGAUGAGUUGCCCAGCGAGAAGAAACACUUCGAUGAUGUACAGCAACAAGUGGAACAACGGCAACCUGGUGCCUCGGGACUUUACUCCUGAGAAUCUCCUCUUCGUGGAUGGAAAAAAAA